AUGAGUGAUCAACUUUCUGUCGAAGAAAUUGACGACGUGGAACUUCCGGGUGCCUUGCAACGACUUGACGAUACUCAACUGGACGGCACUAUCCAAGGCCUUGAUAGCAAUCAGAUUCCUCGUGUCUUACUUGCCAUCAAGAGCAUGAAUGACGAACAAGGCCAGCGCAUCAUUCAGAGGCUUGACCCCUCAAAAGAUAACCGCAUCCAGACCUUUGAUACGUCAAUAAAUCAUCCCACGUUCUGUGACAAGUUCCCUCACAAGACAACUACCGGAAGGUUUGUUUAUGACUGCGGCUGGCAUGACUCCGAUAAGGCGGUGGACAACAUCAUCGUUAACUACUUCCUGAUGAUGCAGAACGGGGUCCUCUGGUCGCAUGUUGAGGGUGCACCGAAUGAGUACAUGUGUCGCGAAAGCGUCAACGACAAGCCGGGAAGUUUCAAUACGUAUAAUUUGGAUGACUUUGAUGCUCAUUUCUCUAAGAAACAAGUUGUCGAGCCCAAAAAUCCGGAUGAUUCUAUCAAGAGUUCGUAUGGGCAGUAUUUAGGACCACGUCCGGGCUAUAACUAUUACCCUUGA